AUGCCUUCGAGCCUCUUCGGCGAACUGGGCGGCGGUGGCCUCGUCGAAGACCAGCGCGCUUUCCAGCUCGCUCUCGAGCUUAGCAUGCUGAGUUUGGGCGAGACUCUGCCUACGACGAAUUCCCUGUCAAGCCCGAUUGGAUUCGCGCCACCGCCCGACGACCGUGCUAAGAAGUCGCAAAACAUGACCGAAUGCGUGCCGGUGCCUUCUUCGGAGCACGUCGCAGAGAUCGUCGGCAGACAAGGUUGCAAGAUCAAGGCUCUUCGUGCAAAAACCAACACGUACAUUAAGACGCCUGUGCGCGGCGAAGAACCUGUGUUCGUAGUGACAGGACGCAAGGAGGACGUAGCGCGUGCCAAGCGCGAGAUUCUAUCGGCAGCGGAGCAUUUCUCUCAGAUCCGCGCGUCGCGCAAAUGCGGCGCUGCGCCACCGCCACCUGCCGGUGCGCCUGGCCACGUGACGGCGCAGGUGCGCGUACCCUAUCGGGUCGUGGGACUUGUCGUCGGUCCCAAAGGCGCCACUAUCAAGCGCAUCCAGCACACAACACACACGUACAUCGUGACGCCGUCACGCGAGCGCGAGCCCGUAUUCGAAGUGACGGGACUUCCUGAGAGUGUGGAGGCUGCACGUAAAGAGAUCGAGGCGCACAUCGCUCUGCGCACCGGCGCGGCGGGUGGCGGCACGGGCACGGGCACCGGGGAGGGCGAGCCGCUCGCACAGCUGUACCGCGCCGCAGGAUUGGCUUCUUUGCUGCGCCCCGAGCCCGAAGCCGCGUUCUCGUCUGCCGGCUCUUGCUCGUCAGGCGGUUCGUCGGCGCGUCUCGGCGAUUUACUUGGAAUCUGGUCGUCGACGGAGCGCGACGAAGGGCUGGGCGAGUCGCCGUCGUUCGAGUCGCCGGGCGCGGGCGGCGUGUGGGCGUGGGGCCCGCCGCGGCCGUCGCCCGCCGCGUCGCCGGCGCGCGCGUGCGCCGUGUGCGGCGAGCGCGGCGUGGCGGCGGCGCUGGUGCCGUGCGGCCACAACCUGUACUGCCUGGAGUGCGCGCAGCGGCUGGCGGCGGCGGCGGCGCCGUGCCCCGCGUGCGCCGCGCCCGCGCACCAAGCGAUCCGCAUCCUGUCGUAA